CUAUCAAAUGUUAUUCCUUCUCGGUAUGGAGAGAGGUUUGGAUACACGCAACUGCCGCACACCGGCGUUAUAGGAGGCGGAACUGGCAACGACGGUGUAUUUGCAAAUAUCACUGCAAAGCCCGGUCGUCCAGUAACCUUGCAAGAAGGAGACGACACAUAUGUGGUCCCUGAAGAUAGUCGCAACGAAGCCCCUCCGACAUAUCAGUCUGCACAGGCCGAUGCCGUGCCUCCUUAUUGGGAGACCACCGUCCAUGCUCCCUUUGCUCCUGAUUCCAUUGGCGAAAUGAUUAUCGAUUCACUUCCUACAGGCUCGCUCUUCUCCUUCCUUUGGAACAUGCUAGUCUCAGUAUCAUUCCAAUUUGUUGGAUUCCUACUCACCUACCUACUACAUACCACCCACGCUGCCCGGCUAGGCUCUCGCGCAGGACUCGGUAUCACACUCAUUCAAUAUGGAUUCGCGCUUCGCUCUCGAUUAGAAACUGAUGCCGUCGGAGAAGAUAAUACUUGGGCUGACAAUUGGGGUUUCGGGAACAACGAAAAGUUUCCGACGGCUGCCGAAGCUAGUUCCAACGAUUACUAUAAGAGCUACAACGCCAGCUUUGUAGGCAAUUCCACCAUGCCAAGUUUGACAGAGGAACAGGCUACUAUGUUAGUCGCUGAUGCCACUACAGAGUGGUUGUCAUUCUUUUUGAUGACAUUUGGAUGGUUCAUUCUUCUGACUUCAAUACUUGGGUUCUGGCGUGUGAAGCGCUGGGAA